CACCAUUCACGGUGAAGAGAAGUAGCCGCAAGUACUUUUGUGUAUCAUUUAAAAUUAUUUUUCAUUUUACGAUUGAAUGUACGAACUGAAUUUUUAUUUCAUUAUAAACUAAUAGUGUGAAUAAAAAUCAUGUCUCGCAAGAAAACAAGAAUUGAUCUGGAAGAUACCCAUGUUGUCAGAAAGGACUAUGAUGCUUCAGUUAAGAAUAAAAGGAAUGACAUAGAUGAUUUUAAAAGAAAAUCCAAGGAGUUUGAUGAUUCAUCUCCUAAAAGAACAAGAGUGGAGAAUAAUGGAGAUGACGUGGAAAGAAAAAAAGACAAAGAAAAUUUCAACAAUCUUCCAUAUCUAGAAACUGCAAUAGUUCCAGCUGCUUCCACAGGAACUGUUAAAUCAAUCAACCAGUUUAAUGGUUUGCCUCACACUGCACACUAUUAUGAGCUCUUCAAGAAAAGGAUAACUUUGCCUGUAUGGGAAUAUAAGCCAAAAUUCUUUGAUAUGUUGAAAAAGAAUCAAAUUAUGGUACUUGUUGGUGAAACUGGUUCUGGAAAGACUACACAAAUUCCUCAGUGGUGUGUAGAAUUUUUGAGAGAAAGUGGUAUUAGAAGAGGUGUAGCCUGUACUCAACCCAGAAGAGUGGCUGCAAUGAGUGUAGCUGCUCGUGUAGCAGAGGAAAUGGAUGUCAUGCUUGGACAAGAAGUUGGCUACAGCAUUCGUUUUGAAGACUGUUCUUCUAUGAAAACAAUCCUAAAAUACAUGACAGAUGGUAUGUUGCUGAGAGAAGCAAUGAGUGACCCUCUGCUGGAAGCAUAUGGAGUUGUACUACUUGAUGAAGCCCAUGAGCGUACUCUUGCCACAGAUAUACUCAUGGGCGUUUUAAAGCAAGUAGUUUCCAGAAGAGCUGACAUGAAAAUUGUUGUUAUGAGUGCCACCCUUGAUGCUGGAAAAUUUCAAAAUUAUUUUGAUAAUGCUCCUUUAAUGACUGUUCCUGGAAGAACCCAUCCAGUUGAAAUUUUCUACACGCCAGAGCCUGAAAGGGAUUAUUUAGAAGCUGCUAUUAGAACAGUUAUUCAAAUUCAUAUGUGUGAAGAAACAGAGGGAGAUAUAUUAUUAUUUUUAACUGGUCAAGAGGAAAUUGAAGAAGCUUGCAAAAGAAUAAAAAGAGAGCUUGAUAACCUUGGUCCUGAUGUUGGUGACUUGAAGUGUAUUCCAUUGUAUUCAACAUUACCACCAAAUCUUCAGCAGAAAAUUUUUGAGGCUCCACCCCCAAAUAAGCCAAAUGGUGCAAUUGGUAGAAAAGUUGUUGUUUCAACAAAUAUUGCUGAAACAUCUCUGACCAUAGAUGGUGUUGUUUUUGUCAUAGAUCCCGGUUUUGCAAAACAAAAGGUAUAUAAUCCAAGAAUCAGGGUGGAAUCUUUAUUGGUAUCGCCCAUAAGUAAAGCUAGUGCUCAACAACGAGCUGGCCGUGCUGGUAGAACUCGUCCUGGAAAAUGCUUCAGGUUAUAUACUGAAAAAGCAUACAAAACAGAAAUGCAGGAUCAAACAUACCCGGAAAUAUUACGCUCAAAUCUUGGGACUGUUGUUUUGCAGUUGAAAAAACUUGGCAUUGAUGAUUUAGUUCACUUUGAUUUCAUGGAUCCACCUGCUCCUGAAACAUUGAUGAGAGCUUUAGAAUUGCUAAACUAUUUACAAAGUUUAAAUGACGAAGGUGAUAUCACAGAUCUUGGAGCAGUUAUGGCAGAAUUUCCCUUGGAUCCACAACUAGCUAAAAUGCUCAUUUCGUCAUGUGAUUAUAACUGUUCUAAUGAGAUUUUGUCUAUAACUGCCAUGUUAUCAGUUCCACAGUGCUUUGUGAGACCAAAUGAAGCCAAGAAAGCUGCAGAUGAUGCUAAGAUGAGAUUUGCGCACAUUGAUGGAGAUCACUUGACGCUACUCAAUGUAUACCAUGCCUUCAAGCAAAACCAUGAAGAUCCUCAAUGGUGCUAUGAUAACUUUGUCAACUACCGUUCUCUUAAAAGUGCGGAUAAUGUAAGACAACAAUUGUCCAGAAUCAUGGAUAGAUUCAGCUUGAAAAGGACUUCAACUGAAUUUAGCAGCAAAGAUUAUUAUAUAAAUAUAAGAAAAGCUUUAGUAGCUGGUUUCUUCAUGCAGGUUGCUCAUUUGGAACGAACCGGUCAUUAUUUAACUAUUAAAGAUAAUCAAGUAGUGCAACUUCAUCCCUCCACAUGCCUAGAUCAUAAACCAGAGUGGGUUGUCUACAAUGAGUUUGUGUUAACAACCAAAAAUUACAUCAGAACUGUGACAGACAUUAAGCCAGAAUGGUUACUCAAAAUUGCUCAUAAUUAUUAUGACAUCACUAACUUUCCUGCCUGUGAAGCAAAGAGACAACUUGAAUUUCUUGCGAACAAAAUGCAAUCUCGUCAGUACCAAGAAGGAUUUUAAAAAUUAUCAGCCAUUGCAUCUUCGCUGACAUUUUGCUUUGUAAAUUAUUUAUUGCCUUUAUGUGAUGUAACUGGGAUCAUUUUAUAUUUAAAAGAGCAUUUGUUAAAAUUAUUUCAUUUUUAUUUCACUUAUUCUACUGAAUAAAUGCAUUUUUGUACAGUU